CGUCUUCCCACAGCAACCCGUUUCCUCACCUCCAGCCGAAGAGGAGCUUCAUCUUCAACGCGGUCGCUGCAGCUGCGAGGGGGCGGAGCCUGCCGGGGCUGUAGUCCCGGAGCCUAUCAUAAAGUUAGAGAGUCUCAGACUGCUGCUUACCUGCGCGCCGAGCCGCUUCACCUGGAACCGUCACAUGAAAUAUGAUGAGGAUUUUACCUUCGUGUGCGCACUUCUUCUUGACGAGUAGAGCUGUUCUCAGGCAGGCUUAUAUCCGAAGGAACGCAGCCGCAGCUCCGAGGACGCACAGGUUUUCUUCUCAGGGCUUCCUGAAAAGACACUGAUCAACUCCUCAAGCCGCUGACUUAAUCCUGAAUCUUACACCUGCACCACCUGCAUUCAUGGCCCACCCUUAUGAGCCCUGGUUAAGGACAGCACCAUCUAGUGGCAGCUCUGAAGAAAUGAACAUCCCGUCCUGGUGGGACCUCCACCGUGAUGUGCAAGCCGGCAGCUGGAUAGACCUGCAGACUGGGCAAAGUGUUGGUGUGCCCUCAGUAAGCUCUGGCAGCUCCAUGGGACUGCAGAACUCUUUAGGCCCGUAUGGCUCUGACCCACAGCUGUGCACCAUGGCCCCGCCUCAGCACACCCCCACCUCACACUCGCCCCACCUCUUCCCGCUGGACGGCUUCAAGAUGGAACCACUGGGACCUGAAAUGCUGCAGCAGGAAACCUACUCCUUGGAGGAACCGCAGGAGACCUCUGUGUCAGCUCGGCCCAAGCCCCAGCGACGUUCAUCCUCUCGGGGCGCCGGGCAGACCAUGUGCCGGUGCCCCAACUGCAUCCACGCCGAGCAGAUGGGCCAGAGCGCCGACGACAGCAGGACGAAGCACAUGCACAACUGCCACAUCCCUGGAUGUGGCAAAGCCUAUGCUAAAACCUCCCACUUGAAGGCUCACCUGCGCUGGCACAGCGGCGACCGACCGUUUGUCUGCAACUGGCUCUUCUGCGGAAAGAGGUUCACACGCUCUGAUGAACUGCAGCGCCACCUGCAGACACACACCGGUGCCAAGAAGUUUAGCUGCGCUUUGUGCCCACGAGUGUUCAUGCGUAACGACCACCUGGCCAAGCACAUGCGCACCCACGAGUCCCCGCCGGGGCACGGGGAGGAGAGAGUAAAUGGGGAUGGGAAGGGUUUUGAUGCACCCACACCGACACAGUCAUCGUCUGACAGCACAGAGCCUCAGCUGAAGCUGAAAUGUGAGAUAGACCCUUCGGUUUCAAACGUGACAGGGCAGUCUGGCUAAUUUUAUCAUUUUGAGGAGAUGUUUUGUAGUAAGAGAGUUCAGUCCUCUCUGUCACAGAGGGAGAAUAGUUUUAUAAUAGAAUAGAAGAAUGGUUUGGACACACUAUUACUGAUGAAAGCUGGAUGGAAUGUAUGCAACUCCUGCGGUAGUGAGAGAAGGGAUGCUACAGCACACAGGAAACACAGGGUUGUAUGCGUUGUGCAGCUAAAACUCUGCUCUGUAGAUUUUAAAAGGAAUCAAAGGAGAGCCAGAGGUGCAGCGUGCUGCUCGACCCGCCAGCAGACCAGAGGAUGGAGGAGUCCAACUGAAAACAGAUGUUUACGUGAAACUUGUUGAACAUGUUGCUGAAAGUGAGGAGCAGGUCUGCUUCCAACUUUUUAAAAAGGAGACAAUGCUAAUAUUUUUUGCUUGUAUUUAAUAUUCUGACUACAUGAGUGCAGCCCACUGUACCAGGAGACAAAACGGUUUUUUUUCUGAGAGCACACAGAUCGAGAGCCAUUGUUUUUUUUAUUGUGAUAAUAUAAUAUAAUAUUAUAAAAAUGGUAGUUUUAAUUUUUUAUAAUAUAAUAUACAGUGCCUUGCAAGAAUAUUCAUAAAUGUUGAAGUUUAUGUUUUGUCUCUUUCAGCCACAUUCAAUUUACUGAAUUUUAUUUGACAGAACUACAGGAAAAUUAAGUGUCUUUCUACUUCGGAAGUAGAAAGAAACUGUUAAAUUGUUUUUAACAUUUUAUAAUUAAUAGUAAUCUCAAUAGUGUGAUAUCUAGUUGUAUUCAGUCCUCGUAGGUCAACACUUUGUAGACGCGUAUUUCUGUGCAGGUAGAACUGUAGGUUUGUGGAGGAAGUCUCUACCGCCUUUGCACAUCUGGAGACUGAAACUUUUAUUCUGCUGUGCAAAAGACCUAAAACUCAGGUGAGAUGGAGUGAACAGAAUUUUUCUAGAUCUUCAAAAUAGGAUUUAGGCCCGUGCUUUGACUGGGCCAUUCUAGCACGUUUGUUCUUUGAACUAAACCUAAACCAUUGUCACUAUGGUUGCUGUGGUUCUGUUGGAAGGUGAACCUCCAUCCCCGUCUCGAGUCUUUUGCUUCUCCAACCAGUUUGCCUGUAAUUGUUGAAGAAAAUCUUCCCAACAAGCAUGAUGCUGCCACCACCAUGAUUUACUGUGGGGAGGGUUGGUUAAGGUUGAUGCAGAGUAUUACUUGCACACAUGUUGUGAUUCCAGGCAAAGUGUUUCAUUUUGUUUUCUAUGUUUCCUACGUCACUUGUGGUAUGAAAAUACUUCCUGAGCCAUGUUUCUUUCCACCUCUCAGACAGGAAUGCCCUGUCUGAGCUGUAAACACUUUCAACUCCUCCUGGGUCUCUCAUCUGCACCACUGUUUAUUACUGUCUACUGUGCUAUAACCAAACCUUGCUCUAAACCUCUCCACCACUGCAUCCUGACCUUUCUGCUGUGUUUUUUGGUCUUCAUGAUGCUGUUGUUUUCUAGCAAACCUCUGAGGCCUUAAAAUGACAGUUGGAGUUAUUCUGAGGUUAAAUUGGAAACAGGUAGACUCUGUCUACUCAUAGGAUUACAAAAGUAGUUAAUAAAACUUGAAUUUAUGUAGCAGUAUCAGAAUAGAGGGGUAGGACUGCAUUUGUACUUUGAGUCUGCACUUUUCAGAUUUUACUAUAUGAAGAUAUUUGAAAACCAGGCAUCUUUCUUUACUUUUUAAAAUUUUGCACUACUUUGUGUUGAUUUAUCACUUCAAAUCACACUAAAACACAUUAAAGUUUUUAAUGUGACAAAAUGCAGAAACGUUAUGAAUAUCUUCGCAAGGCACUGUAUGUAUAACAAUUUGGGAAUUUCAUGCACUAUAACAGCUAGAAUUGACCAAAGAUUAUGUUCCUUUUUUACCUAAAGAAUGGUGUUAAAAGACUUGAGAACAGGAAAAUGUGAACAGGUGCUCGAGAUGAAACAAACCAAAAACAAAAGAGCCACUUCAGCGACGUGAAGAAGUCAAGACCCACAGACCCACAACAAACCAAGACAUGGACAGAAAGAUGCCGUCUGGUUUGAUGAAUCCAGGUUUCUGUUGUGACAUGCUCGGGGACAGCAGACACAUCUGGAAGCAGAGCACAAAAACAAGCCAUUCGCUUCAUCCUGUUGACACCGCAGGUUGCAGGUACUGAAAGACACGUCCAACACGAAGAAGCACAAGACUCUGAGCUGCACUUGGCAAUUUUGUCUUCCUAACAAUAGAUCAAAUGGUUGUGUGUAAUGUGAAAGAGGUAACAGUUGUUGAGUGCUAUCACCUAUGUCCUCUGCACUUUGCCUCAACAUCUACCAGUCUAUUUUGUCUCUGAUUUACUGGUUUAAAGCCCCCCUACUCGAUUUAUCCAUAUGUGCAGUAACAGAUAUUCAAAUAUUUAUAUUAAAAAAGCUAACUAUUGCCUUGUAGCUCCACCUUAAAAGAAUACAACAGGCCAAAUUGACAGCCCCGUUAUUUAGCACUACUCAUAAAACUGAACAGAGGAUUUAGUUUGGAGAUUUAAAAGGAAAGGCAUGAUAAUGGAAAGAAGCCCUUUAUAGAAUUAAAUAUGUCUCCAAAUGAGUUAGAAUGACAUUGUGUCUGUUAAAGCCCCACUGAUAUCUAUUAACAAAUUGUAAAAGAAAAUGUUUUUUUAUAUAUUAUUUUUACAAUUCUGCUGCCCCCUGCAGGUCAAUGAUUUUCAUAUGCAUUCCUAAAAAUAUAAAGGAAAAACUAGAAUACCUGAUGACUUUUCUUUUUCAGGAGUGAAACAAUUAGGUUACUUAUAUUUGGUUAGAUUGUUUUAAAUAUCAAUGUUAUAUGAUCAGUAGUGGUGUAGCUUUAUAGGAUGUAUGCAAUCCAUCACAAAUUACAGGCAGAUUUCUACAUAUUAGGGAGCUUUUGAUGAUCAGAGACUCAGUUGUAUUUAUGUAUAGAAGAUACAUUAGAACAAAGGGCUUAAACAUUAGUCAAUUAUUGUUUAUUGACUAGUAUUAAGGUUAUAAGUUGUUGAUCUUUUUAUAGAUAGACUUAUUUUAUUUUAUAGAAAUUUUCUAGUGGUUGCUGUAGUUGAUGUAACAGUUUUUUGAGACUGUAAUAGAAUAAUUUAAAUACCAUGAUAAUUUGUAGUUAAUCGAUUAUUGUCCCUCAAUAAUAAAUCUGUUAAAGAAGUGCA